AUGAAAUUAAUUCUUAUUACAUUAGCUUAUUACUUAUUACAAAUUACAUCAGCAGCAACAGUAUUCGAUAGUAGUUGUGGAUCAGACGCAGCAAUAUCAUGUUCAUCAUCAUCAGCAGCAUCAUGUUGUUUUGAAUCACCAGGUGGUGUUUUAUUACAAACUCAAUUUUGGGAUUAUAAUCCUGCAACUGGUCCACUGGAUUUAUUUACAUUACAUGGAUUAUGGCCAGAUAAUUGUGAUGGUACAUAUGAACAAUUUUGUGAUACUACUACUACAAUUGCUGAUGAUGGAUCAACUGUACAAUCUAUUAUAGUUGAUCAAUUUAAUGAUGCUACUUUAUAUAAUGAUUUAAAUACUGUUUGGAAAGAUAUUAAUGGAAAUGAUCAUAGUUUAUGGGCUCAUGAAUGGAAUAAACAUGGAACUUGUAUAAACACUAUUUUACCAAAAUGUUAUUCAUCUUAUCAAACAAAUGAAAAUGUUUAUAAUUAUUAUAAAAUAUUAUAUCAAUUAUUUGAAACAUUACCAACUUAUAAAUGGUUAACUGCAGCAGGUAUAACUCCAUCAACUUCAAAAACAUAUAGUAAAACUCAAAUUCAACAAGCUUUAAGUUCAAAUUUUGGUCAAAAUGUUUAUUUUAAAUGUGAUUCAAAUAAUGCAUUAAGUGAAAUUUGGUAUUUCCAUCAUAUAAAAGGUUCUUUAUUACAACAAAAUUUUAUCCCAAUAGCUCCAUUAUCAAAUUCAAAUUGUCCUUCUACUGGUAUAUUAUUCCCACCAAAAGGUAAUUCAGGCACAAAUCCUCAACCAACAACUACUCAAACUUCAGGUCCAGCACCAACUGGAGUUCCAGCAACUGGUUAUAUUACAUUAAGUGGUAAAUCAGGUUGUUUAAUAUCUAAUGGAAAAUAUUAUACUUCAGGGACUUGUGCAACUUAUCAUUUUAGUUCUUCUUCAUUUGGAGGAGUUUCUAUAAGUUCAUCAAAGGGUGGUUGUGGUAUUGAUUCAUCACAAAAUUUUAUAUGUGAUUCAUCAAUUGAUGCUUCAAAAAAUCAAUUUCAAAUUAAAAAUAAUGAAAUUGGAUUUGGUGGAAAUUAUGAUUGGUGUUUAGGUUCAAGUACUGGGUCUGGAUCUUCUGCUCAAACUAAUAUUGUUUUAAGUGAUGGAUCUUGUAGUUCUUUUAAAAUUAAUGUUUCAAGUAAGUAA